AUGGCACGGGGAGCGGUUGGCCAUAAAGGGAUAUUUGCCCCAACUUUCUGCAUUGACGAGGGCCAUUAUAAAGAUGUGACGGACAGUGAACGAAGACGUGGGCUGUACAAGGCCCGGCUUUUGCUGCCUUUAAAUGGUAAUGGUGGGCGAGUCGGCUUCGAAUCAUGCGCCCACCGCCUGACUGCAUGCAAGUGCCACAAA